GGGAGUGCGGAGAAAGGGGGGGGUCUCGGCGGCAGGAGGAGGAGUAGGUGCGGGUGAAGAUGGCGGCAGCCGAGGCCGCGAACUGCAUCAUGGAGAAUUUUGUAGCCACCUUGGCUAAUGGGAUGAGCCUCCAGCCGCCUCUUGAAGAAGUCUCCUGUGGCCAGGCGGAAAGCAGCGAGAAACCCAACGCCGAGGACAUGACGUCCAAAGAUUACUACUUCGAUUCCUAUGCUCACUUCGGCAUUCACGAGGAGAUGCUGAAAGAUGAGGUGCGCACCCUCACGUACCGAAACUCCAUGUUUCACAACCGGCACCUCUUCAAGGACAAGGUGGUGCUGGACGUGGGCUCGGGCACAGGAAUCCUCUGUAUGUUUGCUGCCAAGGCCGGAGCCCGCAAGGUCAUCGGGAUCGAGUGUUCCAGUAUCUCGGAUUAUGCGGUGAAGAUCGUCAAAGCCAACAAGUUAGACCAUGUGGUGACCAUCAUCAAGGGGAAGGUGGAGGAGGCGGAGCUUCCGGUGGAGAAGGUGGACAUCAUCAUCAGCGAGUGGAUGGGCUACUGCCUCUUCUAUGAGUCCAUGCUCAACACCGUGCUCUACGCCCGAGACAAGUGGCUGGCACCCGAUGGCCUCAUCUUCCCGGACCGCGCCACGCUGUACGUGACGGCCAUCGAGGACCGGCAGUAUAAAGACUACAAGAUCCACUGGUGGGAGAACGUGUACGGCUUUGACAUGUCCUGCAUCAAAGACGUGGCCAUCAAGGAGCCCCUGGUGGAUGUGGUGGAUCCCAAGCAGCUGGUCACCAAUGCCUGCCUCAUAAAGGAGGUGGACAUCUACACUGUCAAGGUGGAGGACCUGACCUUCACCUCCCCCUUCUGCCUGCAAGUGAAGCGGAACGACUACGUGCACGCGCUGGUGGCCUACUUCAACAUCGAGUUCACGCGCUGCCACAAGCGGACAGGCUUCUCCACCAGCCCCGAGUCCCCGUACACGCACUGGAAGCAGACUGUGUUCUACAUGGAGGACUACCUGACCGUGAAGACUGGCGAGGAGAUCUUUGGCACCAUCGGCAUGCGGCCCAACGCCAAGAAUAAUCGUGACCUGGACUUCACCAUCGACCUGGACUUCAAGGGCCAGCUGUGCGAGCUGUCCUGCUCCACUGACUACCGGAUGCGCUGAGGUGGCGCCCGGCUUCUCCCACCCCCGCCGGGCCGGCCCUGCACGGGCCCAGGGGCUGCGGCAUUCUUAGGCAGUUUUGGGGCUCCCCCUUCCUCUCCUUCCCUCCCUCGAAGGGGGUUUUAGGGGCCUGGGCUGGGAGGGGGGGCACAUCGUGACUGUGUUUUUCAUAACUUAUGUUUUUAUAUGGUUGCAUUUACGCCAAUAAAUCCUCAGCUGGGCCGGC